CCUACUUCCAGUCUGCUACUUUUGAACCGGGCUUCACUUUCCUAUUUGUACGACACGUGUAAGCUGCUUCUGUUUCUCUCCGUCUCAUUCGCUACUACCACCAUUUACCCCUAGAGUCACUGAGCGAAAAGAAUCACCGCAGGAGAUACCGAGUUUCAAUCUCCUCAGGACAACCUGAAAGAAAGAGAAGACACGAUUUUUGUGCCGAAUCAUCGGACCACUCCACUACUACGGUUUGUUUGAACCGAGAAACUUCUGUUUCACCACAUCGAUUUUGUUGUGUGGCAGAUUGUAAAUUGAUUGAGUGAUUGUCGAGGGACGACAAAAUUUUAUUGAUCUGAAAGUGGGACCCAAUCAUGACUGCCGGUGGUGGUAAUCAGUUGAUCUCUGUUCAUCCAGAUGAGCUCAAGUUUGUUUUUGAACUAGAAAAACAAAGCUUUUGUGAUCUUAAAGUUAUGAACAACACUGAACAUCAUGUUGCUUUCAAGGUCAAAACCACUUCGCCUAAGAAGUACUUUGUACGACCCAACACUGGUGUGAUACAGCCUUGGGGUUCAUGUGUUAUCAGAGUUACCCUCCAAGCACAACGUGAAGCUCCUCCAGAAAUGCAAUGCAAAGAUAAAUUUCUCUUGCAGAGUGUAAUAGUGAUUCCAAACAUUGAUGUUGAUGAGCUUCCUCCAGAUACUUUUAAUAAGGACAGUGGAAAGACAAUAGAGGAGUGCAAGCUUAGAGUUGUGUAUAUUCCUGCUACUGCAGCUCAAGGAAACUUAGGAGAUGAAGUUUUAGGAACCUCUACGCACAGUUCUGAUGCAAACUCUACUUUACAGCGCCUGAAGGAAGAAAGAGAUGCUGCUUUUGGGCAAACACAGCAACUACAACAGGAUCUGGACUUGUUGAAGAGACGACCGAAAAGUAAUCCUGGUUUCUCUUUGAUGUUUGCUGGUUUUGUUGGAGUGAUUGGAAUAAUGGUUGGCGUUUUGUUGAACCUUUUAUUGUCUUCACCCCCCACCCCCAACGCAGAAUGAGUGGACGCAACGCAAGUAAUGAUCACAGGAUCAAAUGUUAAUCUAUUUCAUUGUAUAAUUUUUAUUCUUGUGGCCUGCUUCCUUUGUAUUUUGGAUCUUUGUCAAAUUGUGUCUUGAUCUGUUUGUUUUCCUAAAUACGUUUUAUUCAAUUUAUAUGUUACUCUUUUAACUUGAAACUUGGUGAAUAGUUUUUCUUCCUGUUA